AUGGAACCGAACCAACUGACUAAUGAACAUACAACCCAGCAUGAUAAUGAGCAUAGCAGUUCUUGGAUGAAUGAAGUCGACAAAAUAUGUAAGAAAGCUAUGCAAUCACUGGAAAAUACGCAUGAAAUCACAGUUAAUAUUGGGAAAAGUGCUAUUAAUUGCUUGGAUGAAUUGAAUAAUCAAUCUGAUACUAUUUGUCGGAUAAAUCAAAUGGUUAAUACUGCAAUUGGUUCACUAAGCGACACUGCAAAAUGCUUAAAAGACAUGGCCUCUCCUGUCACUUCUAUAAUAUCCGGGAUGUAUGAUGAAUAUGUUGUACCAAAUGUUAAUUCCAGUCAAGUAUCUACAGGAACUGAUACCGAAAAUAAUAGGGGGAAUAUUGAUGCAUCGACUAAAGAAGAUAUUAGUAUAAAUAUGAAAAAUAAUAUCGUCAUUUUUGACGAAAAAGAAUGUAAAGCAGAUAAAAAUGCGGGUCCAGAUCAGGAAAUUCAAGGUGAUGGGAUUUUAGCCAAUUUUUCGAGGACUUCCUGUAAUAAAUUGGACCAGAUAAUUGAUCAGUUGCAAUUUAACAAGGGCGCCACUGAGGAACUUGUAAAAUCUUUUUAUGAAGAUAAACAAAAACUAAUAGACACUGUGGAUAAUGUGAAGAAUCUCCAAGAUAAUCUAGCAAAAGUGCAAUCAGCAAUGUCUAAUAUGUGA